UCAACACGCACGUUGUUAAGUAACGAGAGGGGGAGGCAGUCUGGAGUACAGAACGGCCGUGUGUGCGAGCGCAGCUUCUCAGGGACUAUCAACAGGGAGCGCAACCGACGACUGAGCGUAGGGCUUGGGGUAUGAGAGCUGCCAGAAUCCGCUCUCAUCCUCCUCUGGUCGGGCUUGUGUCCGACUGACAACCAUCGGAUCAGAAACUCCACUUCAUCAGCUGUCGGACGAACCCGGUAUCGGUAACACCUUGCAACCAUGGAGCUGAGAGUGGGGAACAAAUACAGGCUGGGGCGGAAGAUAGGGAGCGGUUCUUUUGGAGACAUUUACCUUGGUGCCAACAUUGCCACAGGUGAGGAAGUUGCCAUUAAGUUGGAAUGCGUGAAGACUAAACAUCCACAGCUGCACAUCGAAAGCAAGUUUUACAAGAUGAUGCAGGGAGGAGUGGGUAUCCCAUCAAUAAAGUGGUGUGGUGCAGAGGGCGACUACAAUGUGAUGGUUAUGGAGCUGCUUGGCCCCAGUCUGGAGGAUCUGUUCAACUUUUGCUCUCGGAAGUUCAGCCUAAAGACAGUCCUGCUUUUAGCAGACCAGAUGAUCAGUCGCAUCGAGUACAUCCACUCCAAGAACUUCAUACAUCGAGACGUUAAGCCGGACAACUUCCUGAUGGGACUCGGCAAGAAGGGCAACUUGGUGUACAUCAUCGACUUCGGCCUGGCUAAAAAGUACCGGGACGCUCGCACACACCAGCACAUCCCCUACAGGGAGAACAAGAACCUGACGGGAACGGCGCGUUAUGCAUCCAUCAACACACAUCUCGGAAUUGAGCAGUCCAGGCGUGACGAUUUGGAGUCUCUGGGAUAUGUCCUCAUGUAUUUCAACCUGGGGUCCCUCCCCUGGCAGGGCCUCAAGGCUGCAACCAAGAGACAGAAGUAUGAGCGGAUCAGCGAGAAGAAAAUGUCCACGCCCAUCGAAGUUCUCUGCAAAGGAUACCCAUCCGAGUUCUCCACGUACCUGAACUUCUGCCGUUCACUCCGCUUUGAUGACAAACCCGACUACUCCUACCUACGCCAGCUAUUCAGGAACCUUUUCCACAGACAGGGUUUCUCUUACGACUACGUCUUUGACUGGAACAUGCUCAAAUUUGGUGCCAGUCGGACAACUGAGGAGGGAGAUCGCGAGAGGAGGACAGGAGACGAGAGGGAGGAUCGGAUAGGCGGAGCCCCCAGGGGUGCAGCCUCUCGCGGGUUACCUCCAGGGCCCACCUCUGGAGCUCCCAACCGAGUCAGGAACGGGCCAGAACAAGCCAUCUCUAACCCCGCCUCACGGGUCCAGCAGUCCGGUAAUACGUCACCUCGUGCAAUUUCUCGUGCAGAGCGAGAGAGGAAAGUGAGCAUGCGGUUACACCGCGGAGCCCCCGCCAACGUGUCGUCCUCGGACCUCACAGCCCGGCACGACCAGUCAAGAAUUUCCACGUCACAGGUCAGCGUGCCAUUUGAGCACAUGGGGAAGUGAUCAUUUUCAGCUCUGCACGCACAUGAAAGCAACAGGGCUGCAAGGAGUUUUUGCCUGUCUUUUUUUUUUUUUUUCCUGUUUUUUCGCCGCCCUCCAUGCUCCAUUCUUUUAACUUGUUCAGUGAAAAAGCUGGUUGUUGAUGUUGAUUAUUUUGGAAUGAGAUAUUAAAUUUUUCACCGAUUCAAACCUGCAUUUUUACUUGGACUUUUGCGUCCUGAAUCCUGGAUCACGAAAAUCACAGUACUGAGUCGGGGCAACACCUUUACCGGAUCUUUCCCACUCCUUUAUCCCAUUCACAAAAACAUUCCCAAAAACACUGACAAAUGUGAAGUAAAGGUGGCAGCAAAAGAGCAUAAAGGUAUCAGGAAAAUGCCUGUUCUUUUUUUUUUUUUUUUUUUUUCACUUUAGUUCAAUGCAGCAAAGAUGACUUCUCUCACAAGUCCUCUUCAUUUCCCCAAAAUAAGUUAAUAUUUUUAAUUGCUUUUAAGAAACGCCAGCUAAAAUGAGCAUUUAGUUGAGAUGGAGAGAUGAAGGUGAGAGGAAAGCGAGCUACUAGAAAGGCAACUUUGAAAGGUUUGAGUAAGUCACGUUUUAACUGUUGUAAUGUUUCCUGCUGUUUUCCCCCCCUCAUUCAUUUUUGUGAUGAUAUCCUCUCAAUAGUUAAGCAUCUCGGCACCCCUUUUUGUGGCCUCUUUGGAUUUUUUUUAAAUAUUAUUUUAGGGAGAGUUGACAUUUUAAAGACACACUCCCAAACUUGAGGAAAACUCAAAAAUUCUGAUAACAGACCAGAAACCAUAGUUUUUGGCUACACUUUUUACAGUAGUACCUAAUGUUUUUUUUUUCUUUUGUUAUUGGAUGCUAUAGGGGAGGAAGAAGCCCUGUUAGGGGGGUCAGGGGCAUCAUUUUAUUUACAUUUUUUUCCCCUUUGUUUACUCCACUGUAAAUAUGUUUUUUAUUAUUUCACUGUAAAGCCAAAUGUGGUUAAUUGUUGUAAAGGUGUAAAGUAGAAAAAUGCAUACUAAUGAUCUAGGGUUGGGACUUGGAAGGAAGACUUACACUUAAAGACGGCUGUCUGUUGCGGUGCCAGCUGGGUCAUUCAACAGUUCCUUUGUGCGUGAGUGACUGAAUCCCUGCAGAGAACAAUAAAGUUACUUUGACAUAUUCUCUUUAAUUUGUAAUAUUUAUGCAAUUUUUUGUACAUCUUUUUAUUUACAUUUUUUUAGCUUUUGCUCUUUUUUGUGUGCUUUUAUCAGGGCUCGCCCUCUAACAUACUUCAGUACUUGAGAUUUUUUAAUUAUUCCUCCAGCAAAAAAUAUGUCUGAAGUUUUGUGUUUUUUGGAUUUUAACUUCUCAACAACCUUGAUGAUGUCAUUUGAAAACAAGAUGUGACUGAAAAAUGCAAUUGCAGGGAUGAUUGUGUAUAUAACAGUGUAAUGUGUGUAAUUACCUUUGUACAGGCCAUCAUGACCCAGUGGCAUUGUGACUGUAGAUUUGGGGUGGGGGGUGACGUUCAAGGAGAAGAAGCAAAGGGGGUUUCACUUUGUGUAUUGUGUACUGAUAUCCUGUACAGUUCUUUAACACUUUACUUACAGUAUUUGUGUAUAUUUUAUGAAGUAAUAAAAAACGUUGCCGACA